AUAGGAGAUGUCUUACAGCGAUGGUGGCCGUCCGAUCCGAAAAUUCGGCACCAAGUCGCCGAAAAAGCUUUGCGUGACCAAGAAUGAAAAUAACGAUAAAACUACAACCACUAUAAAUUGCAACAAUCAUCAUCACAAUCACUAUCAUCAUAGCCAUCGCUUUCUCGACACCCCUCAACCGUCGGUACACAAGCGUAAUCUAUAUAUUGUUUCUUUCCCCUUGAUACUGCUCUUCAACGUUCUGAGAACACUUCUUUAUCAAUUAUUUGUGGUAUUUAAGUAUUUGUAUACAUCUACGUCUCAGCUGAUCCAACGAAGGCAAGCUUCCAAGCAAACCUGCCAAUUGGAGAUCGUUGUUGGUCAAAAGUCCGCAGAAAGCUUGAAUAAUAAUUUACAUAAUUCUGGACAAAUUGAGAACAAAGGAAUGUCUCAAGUACCCAGAAGACCUAUCGGUCCUGGUCCUGGGGAUCCCCUGCUUGCAAAACAAAAACAUCAUCACUGUAGAGCUUUUGAAUUCAUCAGUAAGGCACUUAAAAUUGACGAGGAUAACGAAGGACAAAAAGAAAUGGCAAUUGAACUUUAUAAGAAAGGAAUCGGAGAAUUGGAAAAAGGAAUAGCUGUAGAAUGCACCGGUGGUCGUGGAGAAGUUUGGGAACACGCUCAAAGGCUUCACGAUAAAAUGCGCAUGAAUUUAGUAAUGGCAAAGGACAGACUUGACUUCCUUGCGAGUGUGUGUGAGCUGAAAAAGAUGGAUAUCUCCGGUGAAUAUCGUGCCCCUGGAAAUAAAGUGGACGACGAACAUCCAGGAAAGAAUCUGAGGGCCCGACGCAAUAUACACACAUUACAAACAGCACGUUCUUCCUUAAACACUAAUCAUACAAAAAACACAAACAGUACACAGACAGUGAACAUAGGACAGAAUACAUGUACCCAAAUUCCCAAGUUAAGGCCACGUUCACCAAAAAACUAUUGUGCCCAUUCUGAAGCAUCUGGAAGGAAGUUAUCUGUUCCUGGAAAAAGAGUGGGUACAACUAUCAGCAAGAGUCAAACGUUACCGCGCAGUAUGGGACGUUCAACGCCAGUUCAGUCAUGUCACAGAGUUACGCCUCUUAAACCAACGUCUACACCACCCUCUGUGAAAAGACAAUUGUCUGUACCUGGAAGUGGGUCACCUAUAAGGAGACCAGGCACACCUACAGCGACAAACAGUAACAGAGGUACACCUACGAGAAAGGUACCUAUUUUGAAGGGUGUGGAUCCAAAACUGGCGCAAGUUAUUCUUGAUGAAAUUUUGGAAGGAGGAACAGCAGUACAUUGGGAAGACAUAGCUGGUCAAGAGACUGCGAAACAAGCACUGCAGGAAAUGGUGAUUUUACCGUCGCUGAGACCAGAAUUGUUUACUGGUCUGCGAACGCCUGCAAGAGGAUUAUUGUUAUUUGGUCCACCAGGGAAUGGAAAAACAUUACUUGCACGUGCUGUAGCUACCCAAUGUAAUGCUACGUUUUUUUCAAUAUCUGCCGCCAGCCUUACAUCAAAGUAUGUUGGGGAGGGGGAAAAAUUAGUAAGAGCUCUUUUUGCUAUAGCAAGAGAGUUACAGCCAUCUGUGAUCUUUAUCGACGAAGUGGAUUCAUUGUUAAGCGAACGCAGAGACAAUGAGCAUGAAGCCUCGAGGCGAUUGAAAACAGAAUUUUUAGUUGAAUUUGAUGGUUUACCGUGUAAUCCGGAAGAACGGGUGCUCGUUAUGGCUGCUACAAACAGACCUCAAGAAUUAGACGAAGCUGCUUUAAGAAGAUUUUCAAAACGAGUGUAUGUUACGUUGCCGGAUUUACGAACGAGAAUCAUGUUGCUAAAACGACUAUUAGCUAAACACAAUGACCCACUCACGCAAGAAGAAUUAAACGAAAUGGCACUUUUAACCGAAGGCUAUUCUGGAAGCGAUUUAACGGGAUUAGCAAAAGAUGCAGCGCUUGGCCCUAUCAGAGAGCUCAAUCCAGAUCAAGUAAAGGAAUUGGAUCUUAAUUCCGUGCGUAACAUCACGAUGCAAGAUUUUCGUGAUUCGCUUAAAAGAAUCCGUAGAUCGGUGUCACCCGCAAGUUUGGCUGCUUACGAAAAAUGGAGUUUCGAAUAUGGCGACGUAAGUCUAUGAUUUUUAAGAAUUAGCUGAAGCUCGAGAACUAAAAGUAAAUAACAUUGGAUUAUUGACUAGUCCAAGAUGAAAACCAAAAAUAUAAACGAACUGUAAUGGCGAGAAAUACUACAAAAGUGACUUUCUGCGAUAUUAAUUAUUACAGAAUGUAAAUACAACAGCUUUUACAUUUUCUAAGCUAAUUUAUAAAUGAUAGGCGUCUAUACAUAAAAAAGAAAUGUUACGAUAAGCGAAAGGCACUCUUGCUAAGUACUGUUUUUUAAAUCAUAUUACAGUUGUAAUAUUAACAGCUUUAUACCGCAUAUAUAUAAUACAUUUCAUACUCCAUCCAGUAAUCAGGUAUCAUAGAUUUAAGUUCCACUAUAGCAGUGUUGAUAUUAGAAUUCCAGUAUCUGUGUAGUUAUACAAUCUACUUUCUGCACUGUUAAUAUCAUUCCUUUAUAGAAAUUUGUAAUUACUUUUAUUUACAUUUUCAUUAAUAACAAGCUUUAAUUCCGUUAAAUUACAAUUUAUUUUCUGUUAAUGAAGUAUGUAUCUAGGGAUAUUAUUUACUAUAAUAUCGCUAAGAAGGUACAAACCUACUAUUAACAAAUAUAAUAUGCACUUUUAUAACAAAAUGAAAAAUUGUAAAUAUUUAAUUACUAAUCGAGCACAAUUGAGUUGAACAGUAUUGGUAGGAAGACUGCAUUUGCACAUGAAACUGCACACGUCCAAUCAAAUAAUAAAACAAUUUAAUCUAACUGGAAAUGAACGAUUUAGUUAUCGUUGUAGUCAAGUUAUGGGAUAAGCAUAAAACUUGAUAAAAAUUUCAUGGUGUCUUGUGCAAGCACCUGUUGAAAAUGAAAUACAAGUAGAAUUGUUUUUGGCACAUAGGUAAGUCUUGUAAAAACAAGACACUGCACAUCAUUUAACGUAUCCAGAAAUUAUUAUUAAUCUUGUUAUGUUUGAUGAUAUCUAAAAUAAUCAAUUCAUAAUUGUUGAAAUGAAAUGAUAUCGAUUUAGUCUUUAAACAGGGAGUAUCAUACGUAUUAGACUGUGCAUUAUGUUCUGACUUGAUUAGAUUUCUAUGAGACAACGAACUGGAAAUAUACGUGAAUUGUAUGAAAUUAAAAAUAUUUAUUGUCUGUAAGUAAAUAUUAUCGAUGAAAAAAAAUAAUGUUAAUGAAAAAAAAAAUAUGCUACAAAAAGAUGUUGCAUAUAUAAAUGUUUUUUGAUAUUUAUCUAUUGCUUCAAAUGCUCAAGUAACAGGUGAUUGUACUUGUACGAUGUACUUACUAAUUUAAAAACACGUUUAAUGCAAAACAGUACUAAAUAAGCAUCAGUGUUUGCGUAGUGAUGUUUCAUUACGAAAUUACUUAUAUUAGUCUCCCUGACUUUUACGCAUAUUUAUUUAUAAGAAGCGUACGGAACAAUGUUUUCCUCAAAUAGCGAUUUGUUAUAAUUUAUCAUUGAUGACGUUAAUGCAACGAGUUUAAAGCUGCUCUAGUGUGAUCAAUAGUUAAUACUCUUUAAUAAUAAUAUACGCGUAGUAGAAUACACAUGGCAUGUGUUAACAGUUUCCUUUUAUUUUUGCCAUGCAAUUUAAUAAAAAAAAAGAAUUGUCUAUUUAAUUGUUAGAAUUUAACGCGAGUUGUAAUUGACGUAGAAUCGUAAAAGGUAUAGAGUAUAUACAUUUACAGCACAAAGUGCACGCCAUUCUCUGUGAAAAAAAAAAAAAAAAACGAGUAUACAACUGACGGUACAAAUAAUGCCAAACAAGUUUAAUUUCAUAGCGAUAUAUCAAUUUAAAUAUGUUAAGUUUGAUACGUACUGCUGAUUAUCGCAAGCAAUUGAAUUAAUCGAGAAAAAAAUUUUAACUCAAUGUUAAAUUAAUAUUGAUAGUUUUUCUAUUUUCUGAAUUUAUUGCCAACACAAAUAGGAAUAGAAAAAGUACGUUUAGUUUCAUAUACUUUGUCUUUUUUUGUAUCUGCACUGCUCUUUACCUCACUUAAAGUUGCGUUACGUUAAAUAAUUUAUUAUGUACAUGUAAGUAGAGUGAAAGCAUUAACUGAAUCUUUUUGACGAUCUUGCACAACAGACUGUUAUCAAUAUGGGUAUAUAUCAAUUUACAACCCUGGCCUUCCAUAUUAAAACCAUGCUCAGCCUCGAUUAAGUUAUUUUGCUACUUUUAUAAUAACUCGUAAUAGGAAAUUUUUUAAGAAUAUAAGCUGAAUAAUCGCGAUAACAUCAAUGAAUGCUACUUAAACUAAAAUUAAUAAAAUAUGAAUCGGUCGUUCGGAAAUAUUUGCAAACGUUCUGCACAAAUUAAGUUCCCUUGCAAUCUUUGAUCUGUGAAAUUAUCCGUGUCACUCCGUAAAAUGUUAUUACAACUAAAUACAAAAAAUGACUAUAUUUUUUGUUAACCGAAUUACUGGUAAAAUAAUUUAAUUUAUGAAAUACAAUCAACAAUUGUAAAACAUAACACUUUCAAAAUAAUUUACUUUCCAUAAAUUGCUAAAUGAAUUAUGCUUUCAUUAAAUGCCGAACUUGUAUUUUCCAACAGUAUUAUAAAUUGUUUAAGAAGGUGAAUAUAUUGAAUAAAAUAGUGAUCGUGAUCGCAAAUUAAAAAUUUCCGUUAAGCAACUCUUAUUAAUGUAAUAUUGUACUGGUCUUCUCUCAAUGAAACAAAACGCGAAUACAUAUUUAAUUAACGUUGAUAUACUCAGCGACAUCCACGAAAUUAAAUAAUAAUUUUUUAAUGCAAUUGAAUAGUAUAGUAUCGCCUACUGUAUAGCAAUACAAGAUAUCCUAUAUAAUAUUUUGUCGCUCCAUAAUCGAAACCGAGAAACCGCAUGUUUUGUAUGUAAUAAAACUGUAUAGUACAAAUUGUUCUAGCGCAUUUCAAUUUUAAAAGGAAUGAUUGUCAGCUUCCAAGUGAAAAAUUAAGUAAAUCAUUCACAAUUUUGUGGUAAUUAUUAACAUAACUCCUUGAUUAUAAUGUUAUAAUAUUCUUAGUUGACAUUGUUUACAUUUGUGAAAAAGAUAUGUUGGUUUAUAUAUGAUUAGUGGUAAUAGUUUUUGUACUAAAUUCAUGCAAACAAUGCACCUUUUAAAUUAUAUUUCAUACAAAAAAAUAUAUAGAAUAAUUGUGUUACCUUCAAUAUACGGCACAAGAUUGUACUUAGCAUUAAAAAUUUAUUAUGUCAGAGAAUCAGUCAGAAUACUGUCUCCUACAAUAGUCAUCCAGUCUUAAAUAUUUUAAAUGAUUGACAAGAUGAUUUGUAGAGAAACAUAUAUAUCUUCAGUUAGCAUAAAUAAUUAUUGUAAAAGUA